GCAUGAGAUAGGGGUUCGCAUUGCUGCGCACGCGCUUACGAAUUGUCAUCAGUGGAUCGCUAUAAUCACCGACCAAUGUCGUCGUCAUUGGUUCAGUCAACCGUCAACGGACGACACCAACUAAUCCCAAGUUUAAUCCGUUCGUAUAAAUAGUUGAUUACAAAAUGCUGUCGUCCACUUCUUUGUUGUGCUUCCUAUUUCUAGCGCUGCCAAGCAGUUCCACCGGCUUAGCGACUAAACUGGAUUUGAUCCAUCAAGAACUGGCAUCGGUCAAUCCGGCGUGGAAUCGAGUUUUGAAUUUCAUCUUGGAAUCGAAUCAGCUAAACACCAACAAAUAUCUAGGCCAGCAAAAUAAUGACGACGAUGACAAUCAACAGUGCUGCUUGACGGACCGUUCGGGCUGGUGGUGUCGUCGACGAAGACAUCGCUACGUGCCGAUUAAACAGUCGACGAUUUAUGCUAGCAACGCGAUUGAAAAUGAGGGUCAUUUGCAUCCGCUUAGUCAUGUCAUUGGUGACAAUCUUCCUCCCGAUCAACUGGGCCAUCGAUCGGCAAGACCCGCUGAACUCUACGAGGCCACCGAUUGGAAUUGUCUGUCGAACAGGACGGCGGAAGUUGGAUUCUCGAUUCCCGACGAGGUUGCCUCGCUAUCAACAGCCAGACAUCACGUGGAUUUGCCGGCCAUUUUUUCCGUUCUUAUCAAUUUCGGACGCAAUGAAUACUAUCAAUUCUUGUUGAGCAUGCUCGAUUAUCUGGAAGAAGAUCACGGAUGUCCGGAAGGAUUCGUUUGGGAUCCUUUCGCAUCCGCUUGCCGUCGGGUUUAUUGCGGCCCUAUGGCAGUGGACGGAUUCCUGAAAGAUGCCUGCGCCAACACCACAAACGGGACGGAUUCUGGCUGGCGUAUGACUUACGUCAUGGAACUGAACGUGAUCCAAAUGACGCUUUACAUCGACGCCAUCUACGAUGCGCACAACAUCAGUGACGACGCUUUAAUUGCCAUCAUUCAACAAUCGUUCACGUCCGUUUUUUCGUCUUUCGUCGGCAUUAGCCCUGAACGCAUCACUAACCUUCACGUCCGCUUUCUCAACGAGUCGAGCAGAGAAAUUUCAGGGUUACGAUCCUUGUCCCUUGAUUUCUGGUUGAGUCAAGCGGAGGAAGGAUCAGGUGAACCGACAAUAGAUAGCGUCGUAUCCUUGAUGGGCAGUUUGAUUGUCCAGGAUCGUUUGAUCGUCAUCAUUGACGGUGUAGUUGUCCAGCUGAUCGGUCUUCACGAACAGCCCGUAUCAUCGGAAGAGGACAGUUUCGCCAACUGGUGCAGAGGCGGCGUAACGGCCAUUUAUCACAACGAUGAGUUCCUCAUCGAUGUCAACAACACUGAAACUAAUCAGACUGAAUUGAUCGUGUACAUCAAAGCGACCGAUCAAUGGUACUCUUCUGGAGAAUACAUGGCUGAUUUGUUUUUCUACGGUUCGACGGAUACGGAUUUAACGAGUAUAUCAGGAUCUGUUGCAGUCUGCGAGAAUCGAAGUGUUUUGUUAGACACGUCGUGCAACGUUGUCCAUUUAAACGAAACCGAAUUUAUCUUCCUGGACAACAAUACGGUCUUGUAUAAUGGAACCAUUCCUUUCAUCGAUCCCGUUCUACAACCGGGAGAAUACGAAAGUCUACCCGACGGCGGAUUGGCUGUUUGCCUCUACAUCGAACAGGACUGGCCAAUGGCUUUGAUAAUCGAAUCUUACCUGACACUUUGCUUGAUGACCAUAUCGAUUGUGGCAAUGUCAGCUACCAACAUCACUUACAUACUCUUCCCCGAACUGAGAAAUUUAGCCGGAUUGGCCGUGAUGAAUCUAUGCCUCAUGACAUCCGGAUUCCAGUUGUGUGUCAUGAUCGGCAUGUCCAUUUCGGUUCAUUCCGAAUACGAAUUAUGCGUAGCCGCUUCCAUUAUCGCUCACUACGAAGGAUUGGCUUCCAUCUUCUGGACUAAUGUCAUGGCUAUCGAUCUCUACCUGACCCUGGGCAGAUGGAGCGCAGUUCCCAGGAAGCCUUCCAAAAUUCUUCCGCGUUACGCUCUCUAUGCUUACGGACUUCCGUUAGUAAUUGUAUCCAUCGCGGUGGCUAUCAAUUUUUGCAACUGCACUGGCCAAUUCAGCGUGGACUACGGCCGGCUCUUUUGCUGGAUCAGCAAUCCAACAGCCAAUAUGAUCUUUUUCGGUUGUCCGCUGGCCUUGGCUUUACUGGCCAACAUCUUCCUGUUCAUAAGAACGGUGGCCAUCAUCCAGAGUUCAUCAGCCUGUCAUCAAUGUUCCAGGCGUGAGAAGGCCCUGUGCCAGCUGAAAUUGUACGCCCGCAUGUCGACCGUUAUGGGUUUCACGUGGAUCUUCGCCUUCAUUUCGGCCUUUUUCGAUCCGUCUUCUGCAGCCGGCAUGAUCUUCACCUUCACUUACAUCGUCCUCAACGCCAUGGGAGGUCUGUUUAUUUUCGUGGCUUUUACGUGUAACCGUCGCGUCUAUCAGCUCUACAGCGUCUGGUGGGCCAGAAGACGCCAUCAGUGGAUGCGACAAUCCAGCACCACGGCAGACAGCGUCAGUAGGUCCCCGGCAAGCAACAAGAAAACUGUUCCGUCUGCGGAGCAACGACGCAACAACCGUCAAACCAAGACCAUUUCCAUCGAGACGCUCGUUUCCAACUCGGACGUUGCGGAACGAACGGCUAGUCAACGUGAAACUUCGCUUCACAUGUAAAAAAAUUUUUUUUUUGAAAAAUAUUCUAGUUGAUUGCAGCAUAACAUAUCAGCACGAAAUAUACAGACAGUCCUUUUUUUUAA